CCGUUCACUUGAAAACGAGGAGAAAUAAUUAGAAUUGUCCAACAUUCCCUUUGUUUCCAGGUGUUCUGGUUAAUCACGAAAAAGUAGGUUUGAUGGCUUCUUUUUGCAUAUAUUUUCCCUUCCUUUUAUGGCUGAAUACAAAUGCAUGGAUUUAAAGUGGGCUGUGAAGUACCCAAACAACAUAAUCCAGGACAGUCUCGCGCAGGCGAGCAGCAGAUGGACAAGGGGGCGAGGUUGUUUCAGCACGACUGUGAAUUCCACUACCAGUGUAUUAGUUGGUACUAUUGUGAUUUAGUUUAAAGGAACAGGAAACACAGAGUCGUAACAGAAUACUGCGACAAACUUGAAGAAGGCUCCACGUAGCAGCGAAGAAAAUAGUACAGGAAACUGGAACGCGCACCCGCAAACUGAACUCGGUCGAGCGUGAGUACAAAGACAGACAAUCAAGCGAAGAACACGGAGAAGAAGCGCUCUACAUUAGAGCCUUUGCGCUUAGUAAAGGGGAUGUCUACAGAUGCUGAAUAAAUAUUUCGCAGCAAAAUUGCAGUUCCUCCGAUACUCAAAAUAACCCUUUGUGCUUGUCUGAGAACUCUGAUAAUUCAGUAGCCUACAUUUUACAAUAAGAAAGUGUUCUUGGUAUAACAUCUAGGUAAAUUCCAUCGAAUUUACACCAUUGAUUUAGACGAGCAAUUUGCAAUCAUCUGAGAAGCUUAAUUUAAAAGAGGAAUAGUGAAGGAGCAAACUGGUUAUUCCUAUCAGCCGCCGCUAAAUCUCGUGGUCAGCCAACGAGCGAAAGUGCACCUAGAGCGGCGGAUGAAUGCAGGACCAUGGGGGAGAAAGACAGGUCGCCGGCAGUCUGUCCCACUGUACCAAGGUGAGCCUGUCUCCGGUGGGAGGAGGGGGCUGUGCGGGGGGGUCGCCCACAGCCAAGAUGGGGUGCUGCGGGGUGCCCAUCGAGGACAUGCAGGCGCUGGCCAUCAGCUCGCUCUCCGCCGCCGACAUCCACAAGCACUACGAGCACAUCCGUGAGCUGGGCAAGGGCACCUACGGCAAGGUGGACCUGGUGGCACACCGCACGCAGGGAACCAAACUCGCCCUGAAGUUUGUCAACAAGAACAAGACAAAGCUGAAGAGUUUUCUGAGAGAGUACAGCAUCACCAGUGACCUCAGCUGCAGCCCCUUCAUCAUUAAGGUGAUGGACGUGCUGUUCGAGACGGAGGACAGUUAUGUCUUCGGCCAGGAGUAUGCCCCUGCUGGAGACCUGUUUGACAUCAUACCCCCCCAGGUAGGCCUGCCGGAGGAGAUGGUGAAGCGCUGCAUCCAGCAGCUGGGCCUGGCGCUGGACUUCAUGCACAGCAAGAGCCUGGUGCACCGCGACGUCAAGCCCGAGAACGUGCUGCUGUUCGACCGCGAGUGCCGGCGCGUCAAGCUGGCUGACUUCGGCAUGACGCGGCGGGUGGGCUGCCGGGUGAAGCGCAUCAGCGGCACCAUCCCCUACACGGCGCCCGAGGUGUGCCAGGCCAGCCGCGCCGAGGGCUUCCUGGUGGACUGCAGCCUGGACGUGUGGGCCUUCGGGGUGCUCAUCUUCUGCAUGCUGACGGGGAACUUCCCCUGGGAGGCGGCGCUGCCCUCCGACGCCUUCUACGAGGAGUUCUGGCGCUGGCAGCGGGCGCCCAGCCGGCCCGGCGUCUCGCCCUCGCAGUGGCGCCGCUUCACGGACGACGCUCUGCGCAUGUUCCAGCGCCUGCUCACUGUGGAGCCCGAGAAGCGCUGCGGCGUCAAGGACGUCUUCUGCUUCAUCAAGUAUGAGCUGAUGAGCGAGCUGCGCCGCCGGCCCUCCUGCCGGAGCAAGCGUGCCGAGCGGGGCGUGGCAGCCUGCGGCUCCUCCUCCUCCACCUCCUCUUCCUCCUCCUCGCGCCCUGGCCACAGACACACUGAGCCCUCCACCCCGCCCGCCUCAUCCUGCCUCCGGCCCGCGCCCCUCAAGCGUACUGUCCUCUCCGAUCCCCACUCCUCCCGCGUGGACCCCGCCCUGCACCAUUCUCCCGGGCGGCAGGAGAAGGGCAAAGGUCAGGUGGUGAUGGCCACGGCGAUCGAGAUCUGCGUGUGACAGUUGAAAGGUUGGGGCGGGCUUUGCCGAAGAAGGUGCUGUAAUGAGGUCUCUUUGAAUGCUUGAAACUGAGGGCUCAACUUGGAAGACACUUUGCUGAUGCCAACAUGCAGGAAAGCUUUUUGUUUCAUUUGACUUGAAACUCCAUUGGGUUCCACAUAAAUUACUGAACUGAACUGAACUAGGCUGAUUUUUUAAUUUUAUACAAAUGUAGAGUUCCAGGUCUGCAUUCAUGUUGAUUGUUUUGGUAGCAGUCUGUUUUUGGAGACUGUUACAGCUGUAGUGCUGUUGAUCUGAAGAUCCUUUUCAUGACUAGACAACAACAUCCUGUAUCUUUUGAAGCAGAAAAAGGAACAUGAAUGUGCUGAGGGCCUUGUGGUUAAUCCCAUAUUUUCUGUUUCUUUUGUAAUUGUGUGGCGUUCCUCCUACACAACCCUGGAUCUCCAUUGCCUAAUAACAUUCAACCAAGUGUGGUGUACAAGGCAUAACCUAACUCUCUGUCUAAAGGAAGGGAAUAGAGGAGAGCUUUCAAAGAAUACACUCUCUCUUCCUCUAUACAUACUUGCUCCCUGAGGAGGCCUUUGUUUAAGCAGUCCAGGUGGAUAUACUGAGAAAAGCAUGCUGCCUGUUGCGGGAGGCCAGUGAUUCCAGGGGCACACUGACUGUGACUCUGAUCUCCUAGUUAUUUUCUAGCCUCAAAAUGUGGACCUUUAGUUGAAUAAAAUCCUCACAGAAAGUGGCAGAGCAAAGUGAAACCCAAAUGUAGCAGUUUCCUAGGAGACGGAUGCCUACUGUCUCUCCUGUGUUCUCAGACUGUGUCUUAUGUGCACCUGAAUGAGACUUUCCUCUCUCUGAUCACGUCAAACUAAUCUCAGGACUGCGCUCAGGGGCAGACUUCCUGUUCUUUGGGUUCUCUGUUUAGACAGCUGAAGUUCUACCUUUAGUCUCAUUACUCUCUGAAAAAGGAACUGUGGCAAAUGCCUUUAUGUGUUCUUAACAGAAAAUACCUGUGUUAUAUCAAAACUACAGGCUUGGAAGUGAUUGGGAAGUUUCGUAUCUUCCAAUGUGGAAAAGAGGGCAUAUAUUUGUGUUGUAGGAGGUGAAACACUGGGGAUGUAAUGCUCCUGUUUCUCUUGGUUUACAGGGACUUCACUUUGGAGAAAGGAACUAUUUUUUGUCUUGUGUGUGAAUGAGUGAGUGUGACCAAAGUAAAUCUGAGUAUGCAAAAAUGAAAAUUGAACAGAAAAGCACAAGAUAUUGGAGUAAGAAAAGCGAGAACUGCUAACCCCUAUCCAUCCCUGCCCUCCAACAAAUUACCAUUUGAAUUUAUUCAGGACCACAAUCUCCUUCUGGUCCUGGUCAUUUGCCACAAUGCAAGCUAAAUGUUGACCUACCUCCCCUCCAAUUUAUUUCAUUCUUCAAGUCAUUUUCCUCCUCUCAGUUUUUUUUUGGGGGUAAAUAUUGAAUGGAAUCCCAUUGGAGUUUAGGAUGUAGCAGCUGCCUUGACCUUUGACCUUUGGGUAAAAGUGUAGCAGUCAGAAUGACAUACAUCUGAGGGUGGAAAUAAAGCAGUUUGAAUCUUGAUGAAAACCUAUCACAGACUUCUAAGUAUGUGUUGGCAACUCUCACACUUACUGGCAGAGACUGUAUGUUCUCCUUCCCAGAAAGCACUGGACAGCUGUGUUAGAAUAGCUUUGCCAGAUAUAUCUGCAGUAAUUUCUUAGUGUCUUAGAAGUAGAACAUGUGGGUACCUGUUAAAAAGGGGAGGGGGGAGGGCUACAAGGGGAGGGCUAGGGUUACGGAGUCAAUGUCAGGGAAAUGCACUAUAUGUAGCAAAAAAUAGACUAUGUAUAUUAAAACAUAUAUAUAUAUAAGGAAGGACAAAACACAUUCGUUUUUUUUUUUUUAUCUGGGUUGUUUUUGCUAGAUGGUAGCAGCCUGCAGAGUAAGGUUGUGAUGGACAGGAGGUGAAGGGAGUCACAAACUACACUCAUGUCACCCAAUCCAUUUUAGAAACCAGCCUGCUUCAGCAUUUUCCUGUAGUCCUGUUGUCCAGAACAUGAGCUCGUGAAGCUACCGCACUGAUCAUUGCUUCAUCUCGUUUAAGUCAUAAUUGAUUUUUCUAUCGCCCUUCUGUCUGUCUCUCCAUCAUUUCCCCUCUUCCUACCAGUGCACCAAAUCCUGUGGCCUGGAACAUCAAUCUGAGUGUCCAGCGUGACGUCACUGUUCUGAAGCCUGUUCCCUCUUUGUGAUCACCUGAGAGCCAUUUUCCUGUCCUGCCUAACAGCAAUGCCGAUCUGGAAGUGGAGCGGGGUUUGAGUAGUAGGCAUUAAAAGGGCAUGGACAUGCUGAGGGGUUGAGUGUCUCAGCUACUGGUUUUCACAUUGAGCUCUGUUGGGUGGGCUGAGUCUGAUCUCAUACCAGCACAUUAAACAGAGAUUUCCCGUUAUUUCAUUUUAGCUGACUGGUUAAGCUGUAACGCUUGUAAUGCAAGCCGACAAGCUUGGUGAUGGCAGUGAAGGAGUGAAAUUUCAAAUGUGAUGUGUUCCACAAGCAGAGAUCUCAAAAUCUUGUUGUUUAUCUGGACUUUUACAGCUUGGUACAAGACUAUUGAGGGAUCAUUUUUCUUUGGCAACGUGUGAGUGUGUGAGAGAGUGAUUGAGUAUGUGCGGGGGUCUGUGUGUGUGUCUGUGUGUGGGGUGGGGGGUAUCUGCAGCAAUUUUUUUCCUUUCUCUUCCUUUUAAAUGUUUGUCAUCUUCACAGAACAUACUAAGUAGUCACUGUCAUUAUGAGAAUAUAAGAAAGGUGCCAGUUGUCCUCCCAGCCACCCUCUCUGAUGUGUUUGUCCAGUCAGGCUCUUGCAGGGUUUUUAGGAAUAUGUGCUAUUCUGCCUUAGGCCUCAGUGUUUCCAAAUAGUGCAAUAAUGUAUAAGAUGACAAGGAGUAGUUUAACUAUUUUGUCGUGACUACUGUUUACCUCAGUUUUGUCUUGGCUGUACCAAUGCAGCUUGUUUUCAACUUAUGUAUAUGUAUGUUAUUGUACAUAUAUAUAAAUAAAUCCGUUGUAUACCGGAACCCUGAAAAUGUACAACACGUAAGGAGUCUUUAAGUUUCCAUUUUAUGUAUUGUACUUAAA